GCCUGUAUUCUGUACACCUAGUGUUAUUUCUGUACGACUUGGAAGCUGAUAUUUGAGACAAUCUGCGCGUCGUUCAUUUUCAUUGACAGCUUCUGGCUAGAAAAGUUAGCUAACUACCACUGGAAAGGUGUGCUGCAGGCAGGUAGAUGACAUGCAGGGUGAGCCAUGGACCAGAUCACCUUCCAUUAUGACACGGUGCUGUCUGACGUUCACCUGUUGCUGCCCAACUCUCGCCACCUCAUGGCACGCCUUAACCGUGUAGGACAACCAGUUUUCAUCUCCCGGUUCAGAAUCCUGUGGGACGGAACGAAGCAGCGCACCUGUGACCUCGGUUCCCCCUGCGGAGGGGAAGAGUUAGACCGCGACACCCAGGAGGAGAGUGGAAGGGGAGAUGCUAGAGGGAGUGAGACUGGGGCUGACGGAGGAGUGGACAGGGAUGAGGACGGAGGGGCUGAUGGAGGAGUGAUCAGGGAUGAGGACGGAGGAGUGGACAGGGAUGAGGACGGAGGAGUGGACAGGGAUGAGGACGGAGGGGUAGAACCACCCCUGGAUGAAGAUGGAGAUUUAGAGGUACCACGCAGGCCCAGACAACGACUCCCUGAGAGGGACAGAGACAUGGUCUACCCCAUCAUCCUCAGCCAGGCAAGAAGAGAUGAAGAGGAGGAGGAUGAGGAGGAGGAGUGUCCUAGAGACGUCAUCAGGAUAGAACACACUAUGGCCACGCCUUUAGAAGAUGUUGGCAAACAGGUCUGGCGUGGCGCCUUCCUAUUGGCUGAUUUAAUCCUGUCUCAGCCAACUACAUUCAGAGGAGCCACCGUCUUGGAGUUGGGGGCAGGGACUGGGCUGACCAGCGUAGUCAUGGCAACGGUGGCCAAAACAGUGUACUGCACAGACGUUGGGGAGGACCUACUGAGCAUGUGCCAGAAGAACGUGACGUUGAACAGACACCUGAUGGAACCUGCAGGUGGGAAGGUGCGAGUACGUCUACUGGACUGGCUCAGACACGAUCUCUGCACAGACGCUGAUGCAGAGUUUGGAUGGACAGAGGAUGAAGUGGCAGAUCUCCAUGACAACACAACAAUUAUCAUCGCGGCUGACGUGUGCUACGAUGACGACCUGACAGACGCGCUGUUCCGAACGCUGUACAGAAUCUGUAACAACCUCCGUCUCCCCUGUACUACAUACCUGUCUAUAGAGAAGAGGCUGAACUUCACUCUGAGACACAUGGACAUAUCCUGCGAGGCCUACGACCAUUUCCGCCACUGUCUGUGUGAGAUGCAGGAGCUGAGGGAGGGACGGACAUGCUUCACAGUGGAGCAGGUCACACCCUCUUUCCCACAGUGCCUGCUGUAUGAGCGCAUAGAGCAACUGGAGUUGUGGAAAGUGACAGCGGUGCCUGUCUAACCCUCUGAGGAGCUGACCUGCUCCUAGACCUGCUCCUAGACCUGCUCCUAGACCUGCUCCUAGACCUGCUCCUAGACCUGAUCCUUAGACCUGCUCCUUGACCUGCUCCUUGACCUGAGACAUAGAGUUUUCUGAUCUUAGACCUGCUCCUAGACCUGCUCCUAGACCUGAGACAUGGAGUUUUCUGAUCUUAGACCUGCUCCUAGACCUGAGACAUGGAGUUUAUUGAUCUUAGACCUGCUCUUUGACCUGCUCCUAGACCUGCUCCUAGACCUGCUCCUAGACCUGCUCCUAAACCUGCUCCUAGACCUGAGACAUGGAGUUUAUUGAUCUUAGACCUGCUCUUUGACCUGCUCCUAGACCUGCUCCUAAACCUGCUCCUAGACCUGAGACAUGGAGUUUUCUGAUCUUAGACCUGCUCCUAGACCUGAGACAUGGAGUUUAUUAAUCUUAGACCUGGUGUUUUCGGAGCCUCUUGUGGUCAGUGUUGAGAAGGUAUUGAUAAUACAUAUAGAUUAUUUAGUGAACUAAUAACAGUCAUUUCAAUCAGGGCAGCUGGACAGCAGUGAACAAAGACACUAGGAAUGAUCUCUGUAAAUAAACGCACUUGUUAAAUAAGAUGUUUUUAAGCUCAGACCAGGGGUUGUGAUAUAUAUAUUCACUAUAUUCUCAUUUACUUGCUGUUGGAUUGAAGUGAACCGGUGAAAUGGGACAGCCCCAUAGCCUCUGAAUGUUUUGUUCCGAUGUAAAUGAUGAGUGAUCAGGUAAACACUGACCUGGGAUGCAUCCCAAAUGGUAUCAUAUCCUCAAUAUAGUGCACUACUUUAGACCAGAGCACUAUGGACCCUGACCAGAGCCCUGUGGACCCUGGUCUAGAGCCCUACGGACCCUGGUCUAGAGCCCUAUGGACCCUGGUCUAGAGCCCUGUGGACCCUGGUCUAGAGCCCUAUGGACCCUGGUCUAGAGCCCUAUGGACCCUGGUCUAGAGCCCUAUGGACCCUGAACCCAGAGCCCUAUGGACCCUGGUCUAGAGCCCUACGGACCCUGGUCUAGAGCCCUAUGGACCCUGGUCUAGAGCCCUGUGGACCCUGGUCUAGAGCCCUAUGGACCCUGGUCUAGAGCCCUAUGGACCCUGGUCUAGAGCCCUGUGGACCCUGGUCUAGAGCCCUGUGGACCCUGGUCUAGAGCCCUAUGGACCCUGGUCUAGAGCCCUAUGGACCCUGGUCUAGAGCCCUGUGGACCCUGGUCUAGAGCCCUGUGGACCCUGGUCUAGAGCCCUGUGGACCCUGGUCUAGAGCCCUGUGGACCCUGGUCUAGAGCCCUGUGGACCCUGGUCUAGAGCCCUGUGGACCCUGGUCUAGAGCCCUGUGGACCCUGGUCUAGAGCCCUAUGGACCCUGGUCUAGAGCCCUAUGGACCCUGGUCUAGAGCCCUAUGGACCCUGGUCUAGAGCCCUACGGACCCUGGUCUAGAGCCCUAUGGACCCUGGUCUAGAGCCCUAUGGACCCUGGUCUAGAGCCCUAUGGACCCUGAACCCAGAGCCCUAUGGACCCUGGUCUAGAGCCCUAUGGACCCUGGUCUAGAGCCCUGUGGACCCUGGUCUAGAGCCCUAUGGACCCUGGUCUAGAUCCCUAUGGACCCUGGUCUAAAAUAGUGCACUAUAUAUAGGGACCAGAGUCCUAUGGGACACUACCUUAAUGUCUGUUUAUAACUUAUAAGACAUUAUUAAAUAGUUUGUUAACAAUUGAGUAAAUAAACUGUUUUAUCAAUCAGUAUUUCUAAGUUCAUAUAUGUAAUAAAAUAAACGACCUAAUAAUGUUUAUAAGAGCUUUAUAAGCGGACAUAUAGUGUUAAUAAUGUGUGUAUAUUGAUACAAGACCACGACACUGUUUAUUUCACAAUUAUACACUCAUCUUUUGAUUCAAAAUGACUAAAUAAAAUACAAGUUAUUGAUUUAUUUCAACAACA